AUUAUUAUUUAUGUUUUUAAAUUGUUAUCAAUCCCCAAUUUUUGAAGUCUAUAAUUCAAAAGAUGCUAAGAAUUCUAAUGGAAAUAAAGAAAAACUUAAACAUUACUCUAAAUUGAUAGAUCUUUAAUCUUCUGUUUAUGAAUAUAACUCAGUCUUAAAAAGUAAAGAUUAAAUUCAUUACAGCAUACCUAUUAAUGACAAAAUAAGUUAAAUUGCCGCAUGGAAAGGAUUCUGAAUUAUCUUUAGUUCAUCCUAUUAUAGGAAUUCAAGGAUAAUUUAAAGAUUCUAUACAUCUUGAAUUAUUUGUAGUUGAUACUAAAUCUACAAGAAGAAGAAUAAUUUUGAAUUCUUUAAAAAAAAGUGAAUGUAAACCAUUUUUUAUCUCUUAUCCCUUAUAAUCAUAGUCAAUCUAUAAUAAUUGGGUGACCAUAUUAAUUAAUAUGCCUUCAUUUAUAUCCUAAUUCAAAGGAUCUAGUUAUAGAAGUUUGGAAUCAAUAUUAAUUUAGAGUUCUUGUUAUAUAAGAAGAAUUUUUACUAUGCAAAAUUAUAAUGAAUAAUUAUUGUCAUAGUUUUAAUUCCCAAUUGAAUCUAAUCCUAAAAGUUAUUUGAUUUCAUUUUAAAAUGAAUAAGAAUUAUUUGUAGAUAAUAAUCAAGAAUAAUAAUUGAAUGCUAAUGCACUUAAAUAAGCUAAACUUAAAUAGAUAUAAUAUGAUAUUCCUAAAGUAUAAAAGUUAACUUUAAACCCAUAAAAAAUUCAAGAACAUUAAUAUAAGAAUAGCUCAACUGAAUGUGAAACAAAAAUAAAGAGUAAAUUAUAGAAAUAAGAAAAAUAAAAUAAAGAAAAUGAAUUUUUAGAUAUAUCUUUAAAUGUUGAUAAAAAAUAAAAGAUUUUGGAGAAUGAUGAAAUUGAUUUAAAAAAUAUUGAUGAAUUAAUUAAAAUUAUAGAAUAAGAUAACAAUUAAUAAAAAACAAAAGAAAUUGUAAAAAAUAAAGAAUAAAAUGAAGAAGGAGAUUUACUUAAUAUUAUUAAUGCAAUUAAUGCUAUUGAAAACUAAGGAAGUUCUAAAUAGGAAAUUACAAUAAAAAAUCCAAUCGGAUGUACUACGAUUACAAAAUAAGGAAAUACCACAUUAAUAUUAGAGAAUAGGAAGGAAUAAGAAAACUUUGUAAAAAUAAUAUAUGACCCAAUAUUAAACUGUUAUUUUGAUCCAACCACAAACAAAUGUUAUGUAUGA